AUGGGUGACCGGCAUGAGGCGCAGGUCAGAUCGUGGGGGUUUGGGCACGUUUUCACAUGGAGUGAUGGGCCAAACUCACACUAUGCUCCCCACUCGCACAGCGGGCUGACAACGCAUCUCAUUGUCGAUGGCGAAAUGACCCUAUGGUAUCCUGACGAGGCAGAUCGUAAAAAGGCAACAUAUGGCGUCGGGUCCAGAGUCGACGUGGACGCUGGGCGAGUGCACGAGGUUUGGAUUGGGAGCCAAGGUUGCACGUAUGUGAUUGGAGAAUGAGCUCUCGGUGUCUCGGACGGGGAUGAGCUGUGCAACGCCACAAAACUCAGCUUGAGUGCUAUCAAGAAAAUUCUGAAAGCAAGGAGAGCCUUCGAGACGAGGAUGUGUCUGUGUCUGCGUCUGCGUCUGCGGAUAGACACGGAUUCUAUUCCACGUAACGUCGUGCCUGGGUUGCCGUAUCAGCUGUGGAGGAAAAAGUCAAAGUCAAAGAUGCGCAGUGUCUCACGCAUCAAUCCAUAGCUGGCGGUAUUAGCAUUGUUCUUGUGUGUUUCUAAUGUGAUUUUGGUGGUCAGAAAAUGUUAUACAGCUACGGGGAUACUCAUACAUGGAUGUUCUCGUACGAGAGUCUGCUUGUCUUGGAAGGCGGGCAACUCCGUUUACAUGUAGUCUAGAUAUUUAGAAGCCAUAGGAUGAAGAUAGCUGAGGGUUAAUAUUACGUAGUUCACAGCCUCA